AUGGCUACCAUGAACAACGCGGCUGAAGUAGUGCGUAAAGCUGCGGUAACAGCGGCUAGGGCUGUUGAACGUCUUGGAGUGAGAAAUGGGAAUGAUGACAAUAACUUGGGGCAUUUCGAAAGACCUAUGACCCUUGCGACUUUUCUGAAGGUUAAACCGCCUAAGUUUAAAGGCACACUCGUUGCGACGGAUGCUGACAACUGGUUUCGAGCUAUUGAACGAUCACUGCGAGUGCAACAUGUUCCGGAAGGACAACACGUGAAGGACGAAUUUUAUAAAAAGUAUUUUCUGGGAGCAGUGCGUGAUGCUAAAGACAUAGAGCUUAUGCAGCUGAGGCAAGGGGAUAUGACUGUUGCUGAGUAUGCUCAAUGGAAGUGCUUGAAGUUUGAAGGAGGCCUUCGUGAUGAUCUGAUGAGUUCAAUAAUUCCGCUGGAGAUACGUAAUUUUGCUGAAUUAGUCAACAAGAGCAAGUUAGUGGAAGAAUGUAUUAAGAAAGUGACUGUGGCCAAGGUGAGUCGCCAAGGAUUUCCACCAAGGUGUCUUAGCAAUCAUCAGGCAGCUGGGAGAAGGGUGCAUUUUAAAGUGUGUGGCAUACGACAGCAUAAGAACCUACAAGUUAGUAACAUUACUGCUCGCCGUACGGGUAAGAAUGGAGGUAAAGUAAGGCAAGGCAAUGGUAAACGAGCCCAUCAGGCUUACAUAAACACUGCAUGUAAGUAA